AGAUGUUGCUACCAGGUUUUCUUUCAAACGAAAUAUACAAUCGCCACUUGAAAUAAAAUAGAAUUUAAAUAUCAGCUUUUCUUUUUUUUCUGUUUUCUUUUUGCUCAUCAUGUCAAAGUAUGGAAAACGGAAAAGAGUAGACAUAGAAAAGCAACCAACAGAGAUUGAACUAAAGCCAACAUGCACUAUAUGCUUAGAGAGAUUUGAAAAUAGAACAUUUAUUCGACCAUGCUAUCACUCUUUCUGCUUUCAAUGUAUUCGCCAUUGGAUCAACAUUGCUUCUUCGCAGUGCCCAGUCUGUAGACAAGUUAUCGACUCCCUUGUGUACAAUGUCAAUGACGAAGAAAACACAUUUGACGAAUAUCACCUUAAAGAUAAAGGAAACAAGAAGCAACAUGACCCACCUCUGAAUCGCAUAAAAUACAACUCACCAGAGAAAAGACUACAGAUCGAACGUCAAAAGGUUUAUCGAGGCCUUCUAAAAGCAGCAAGUUAUCCUGAACCAUUACCUCAACAUGCUGAUUUCACUGUCCUUACACCUGAUUAUAUACCCAGGACACGCGUGUUCCUACAAAAUGAGUUCAAGAAUAUGACUGGCAUUGAUAGUUUAGAUGAGUUCCUUGUAGACCAUCUGAUCAAGAUAUUAUCCAAGCCUUUUCAUGAAAAAAAGACGACGAUGUAUGAUACUGAUACAAUUCAGCAAUUAUCUGAGUGGCUAGACGAUGAUGUGUCUAUUGCUACACGAUUACUGAAUGAGCUCAUUGCUUAUUUGAAAUCUGGUCUAAGCUAUAGGCAUUUUAUUUCUGCUGCCAUGUAUGAAUAA